GCCAGCGAUGACAUAGAAUGGGCUUUGAGUAAUUUUGGGGUGAUGGAAGAAAGCUGUAAGAAAAAUAUUUACAAGAACAUCUCAUUCUUUAAAAACAGCACGGACGGAGAACUGGAACUGGAACCCGGAAUUCUUGAUUUUGUAUGCCCCAACGACUGUUCAGAUCAUGGAACGUGUUUCAACUCAACUUGCACUUGUUUUGAAGACUACACAGCCGCCGAUUGCUCGAUAUCGUUAAAAGAUAGUCCUAUCUUAAUUGGCAUACGUAAAUCAGGACUAUGUGAUGUAAGACGAAGGCCGUGUCGCAAUGUUGGUAUAUAUGCUUUUCCAUUGCUGGAUUCCGAAAAUCUUACAUGCCAUGUCCAAGAAUUCAAGGUAUAG